ACUCGCAUUCUCUCUCUAAUUCCGCUGCAAAAUUGCAGGACGAGGAGGAGGAGAGAGAAAGGAAAGGAAAGGAAAAAGGAGACAAGUGCGUCAGAGCCAAACCGAUGAGAUAUGAAAUAAGGAUCACCACGUACGUAGAAGAAGAAGAAGAAGAGAGAUGGAAGGGAGUCAUUGAGAUUUGCGCCUUUAAAGAAUAAGAAAGGAGAAGAAGAUCUUCAGAGGAUCAGGGUUGAUUUAAAGCAAAGGCGGCGAGAAUUUAUGAUAUGAAAUGGGCUGCUGUCUGAUCUCUAAGUGUACCCUUGCCGUUGAUGCAAAAUUACAACAAUCACCUCCUCUGCUGUAGAAAAUCAAGGUGGGGAGUUUGGUAUUUGUGUAGAGCGUCAUCAAUGUCAUCAUAAAGGCUUGGAAGAAAUGAAUGGGAACAGCACCAAGCUCGAGGCUGUGGUGGUGCUGGUGGUAUCUAAGGCCGCACCAGACAUUGUCUCAGUCUCCCAGUCUCGCUCUCGCUCUCGGUCCAAACAUUUAUAGUCUUCUCCUCUCUUCAGGUUGCGUGUUCUAGGGAGAAACACAGGCGCUACAAGAAACAAAGAGGACAGAGAGGGCCUCCUCUUAACUCCAAAAUCCAUUUCUGGUCUUCAAAGCCGAGAGCGAGAGACAGAAACUCGGCAUUUGCCGCAUUCCGACGAAACUGUGGCCGUGUUGGAGUAGCGCACCACUCUUCUCAAGGCAUUUUGGGUGUGAAAAUGAAGUUUAUGAAGCUAGGGUCCAAGCCUGAUGCGUUUCGAGCUGAUGGCAAGUCGAUCAGAUAUGUAACAUCUGAGUUGGAAUCCGAUGUCAUUGUAAAGGUUGGGGAAGUUCAAUUUUACCUUCACAAGUUCCCUCUCCUGUCCAAGAGUAAUCGCUUGCAAAAACUCAUACCUAAAGCCAAUGAGGAUAAAGUCGUCGAAGUCUGCAUGGAUGAUUUCCCUGGUGGGGCAAUUUCUUUUGAAGUUUGUGCUAAAUUUUGCUAUGGAAUGACUGUUACUCUCAAUGCUUACAAUGUUGUGGCUGCUCGUUGUGCGGCGGAGUAUCUGGAGAUGACUGAGGAUGUUGAUCGCAGUAACCUUAUAUAUAAAAUCGAAGUUUUUCUGAAUUCAAGCAUAUUUCGUAGCUGGAAAGAUACCAUUAUUGUUCUCCAAACCACGAAACCUCUUCUGUCAUUGUCUGAGGAUCUGAAGAUUGUUGGGAGAUGCAUAGAUUCAAUUGCUUCCAAAACUUCUGUAGAUCCGGCAAAUAUCAGCUGGUCCUACACAUACAACCGCAAAUUAGCAGAGCCUGAUAAAAUUGUUGAAGAAGGAAUUAAUUAUCGAGAAAAAAUGGAAAGCAUUCCAAGGGAUUGGUGGGUCGAAGAUAUAUGUGAGCUAGAUAUUGAUCUCUACAAGCGUGUCAUGAUUGCUGUGAAGUCAAAAGGAAGAAUGGAUGGUGUAGUUAUUGGGGAGGCUCUGAAAACUUAUGCACUUAGAUGGUUGCCAGAUUCUGUUGAUGUGUUGGUUUCUGAUGAUCAUGCCCUGAGGAACAAAUCUCUUAUAGAAACUAUUAUAUGCUUAUUGCCAUCUGACAAAGGUGUGGGUUGUUCAUGCAGUUUCUUGCUGAAACUUUUGAAAGUUAGUGCUUUGGUUGGAGCAGAUGAGUCAUUGAGGGGGGUUCUGGUGAACAGGAUUGGUUUGAAGUUACAUGAAGCUCGUGUUGGUGAUUUAUUGAUCCCUGCUCGGUCUCCUCAAAUUACUAUUUAUGAUGUUGAAUUGGUUCAGUCCAUUUUGAAUCGGUUCAUGAUACAUGAAAAGAGUAACUGGGAUUUGGAUGUUGUUCGGAAGAAUGAAAAGGGCACUGAUAAGUUGAUUUUGGGGCAUGGAUCCUUGGUGGGUGUUGGUAGACUGAUUGAUGAGUAUCUUACGGAAAUUGCGCAUGACCCUAAUCUUAACCUUGGCAGUUUCAUAGACUUGUCACAAUCGCUUCCCGAGUUAGCAAGGCCAAUUCACGAUGGAUUGUACAAAGCCAUUGGCAUCUACCUGAAGGAGCACCCUAGUCUGACAAAGGCUGAAAGGAAAAGAAUAUGUGGAUUAAUGGAUGUCAAGAAACUGACAAUGGAAGCAUCCAUGGAUGCUGCACAGAACGAGCAGCUUCCACUGCGGGUUGUAGUCCAAGUUCUCUUUUUUGAGCAGGUGAGAUCUUCAGCUGCUGCUCGGUCCCUUAGCAACCAUCCAUCUGAUGCUUCACGUUCGACCUCAAAUUUGGAUGAAGAAUGCGACAAGACAGGAGAAGAAAACUGCAAACCUUUAGGAAAACAGCUGAGUCAAAUGAAGGUAAGUGAGGAGUUGCAGAAGAAUGGGAAACUGGGUAAGAAGAACAGCAAGAACAGCAGAAGUGGUGCGCAGUUGUUGCCAUCGAGGUCAAGAAGGAUAUUUGAUAAGUUAUGGUCUUUGGGGAAGGGGGGUCAUGUAGAAAACAAGAGCUCGGAGACUUCUGGGAGUUCUCAGAGCCCAACUUCUAUAGUACCCGGUGAUUCCAAGUCAGUUUCAUCGAGACACAGGAGGCAUUCUAUAUCUUAAGAGUGGUUUCUUGUUUGAAUGAAGUGAGGAAAAUUCAACUGCCAAGUGUACAAAAUGGUAGAAAUCGUUGUAGGUCUUUUCUGUGGCUGGCACAAGUAUUAUUUCAAAGGGAACAGAGUUCACUCAAUGUAGUUGAUCGAUAUCUUUUGGUACCAAAAUUGUAAAAUUAUCUGCUUUCAUCUCUAAUUAAGUGCCUGUUCACUUUCACGUUUGUCAAGAGCUCAUCAGAGAUCACUGAUCAGCCAU